AUGGCAAAUGCAUGGACUGAAGUUGACGACAUCGCCUUGUGCGAAGCCUGGGAGGAGGCAGUGACCAAUCCUCCACCACGGGGACAGGGGGGCCUUUGGGUUCGUGUUCAACAGAUUUUUGGCCAGCUUCGUGGUCCGGACCAUAACCGAAGCGUGGACGCCUUAUCUUCCAGGUUUCGUGUGGUCCGGUUGGAAUGCGAGAGGUUUGACCGGUAUUUCAAGAGGGUGGAGAGAGAAAUGCCGGACCUUGAUGAGGAUGAUCAGAAGGCGGUGGCGCUGAUCAACUAUCGUCAUGACGAGGGACAGGAUUUCAAGCAUGUUUCGGAGUGGGAGGUUGUUGCCGAUUCAUUUAUCAAUUACGAUAAUGCCUACCACGUCUCUAUGAGCCCGAUGGUGAAUGAAGAUUUUAAUGAGGAUCCUGAAAUAAUCAAACUGAGACGAUCCGAAAGGUUUGUAAAGCCCGCAGCAGCUGUGCUAUCCCCGUAUGUGGCUUACAAAAGAUUGAAAGAUAUAAAAGCCAAAAGGUUAAGAAACGAGGAUAGACAAAUUGAAUUCAUCAAGCACUGGUAUCCAAAUUGCGGCAGUAAACAUCUUUCCCUAAUAGUUGGGAAUUCUGUCGGUCCAAAUUUUUGGGAGUCGUUGCUGGGCAUGGACGGUCGCGGCUGGUUAAGCGAUGAUCAUAUAUUUGGGUGGAUGAUCCACAUGUAUCAUUCAAGAAAUGAAAGUGAUCGGUGGAGUAUUCUAACCCCAUAUUUUCAAAAUUAUUUUCGGUACACGGCCGUCGACCAUACCUGUAAAGGUUACUUUACUGGGCAGGUUGACCCUUUUCCAUCAAUACAUACUGUUGACGAGGUUUACGUACCGUUGUAUAUAGAAGGUGCUCACUGGUUUUUAGGCGUUUUCAACCUGCUCAAUUACACGCUAACGAUAUACGACAGCCUUUUAAAUGCUUUCGAAAAGGAAAGAACGGAUGUGGUGUGUCAUAUAAAUUUUGUGUUUGACCACUGGCUACGAAUUCAUGGUUACAAUGCCCACAGACCAUUACCGUUAACUUACCCUUUCCGAGUUAUUUAUGCAACCGAUGCUCCUCAGCAGUCCGGAGUUUUGGGAGACUGUGGGGUUUGGGUUUGCAUAUUUCUUGAUAGGUUGAUAAAUAAAAAACCGUUGAACGAUGAUAAAGAUACUCAGAAAACAGCGGAACGUAUGCGACGUCAACUUGCUUUACUAUUUUAUGAUUCCGUGUUACCAGAUACAACAACUGACAACAACCUUGGUGAUGAUGAUCCCGUAUUAGAAAUGUAA